UUGUGCAGUCUUGACAAGAAGCACUACUCGCGGAGCAAUGGCUGUCAAAAUCGAAAAGGUUGGCAGGGUUGCACGCAUCAUUUUAAACCAGCCAGAGAAGAUGAAUGCUAUGACAGCACAACUUGUGGAGGACUUUGGCAAAGUUCUGGAAAGUAUCCAUGAAAAUGCAGCGGAUUUUGGGGCCGUUCUGAUUACUGGUUCUGGCAAAGCAUUCUCAGCGGGCGGUGAUCAGAAGUGGUUGGAACAGCGGCGCAAAGACACACCAUCAAGAAAUUCACAGAUCAUGCAUGACUUUUACCACCGAUUCCUAGCGGUUCGGUCUUUGCCAUUGCCCGUAGUGGCUGCAAUCAAUGGUCCAGCUGUGGGAGCUGGAAUGUGCCUAGCAAUGGCUUGUGAUAUUCGUGUGGCCGCCAGAACGGCCAAGAUGGGCUUCCCAUUUGUUUCACUUGGGCUCCACCCCGGCAUGGGUGCUACACAUAUGAUUGCCAGUGUUGCUGGGUAUGAGACGGCCUACCGGCUUCUUCUGACAGGUGACAUGGUCACUGGUGAAGAGGCCAAAGAACUUCGUCUUGUUUCCCAAGUUCAGGAGGAUGGUCCAUCAGCUCAGGCCGAAGCCUUGGCCUUAGCCGAGCGCAUUGCGGCCCAGUCGCCUGUGGCGGUGAGGACUUUGGUUCGCUCACUCCGCAGAAAGCAGGAGGAAGGUCUCGAGGCCGCACUUUGGCGAGAAGCUGAUGCCCAAGCUCAUUGCUACUCAACUCAUGACAUGCACGAGGGCCUCAAGGCAUCAAUUGAGCGACGCGCACCACGUGAGGCCCUUAGAUUUCGGGCUGCGAGCAACUUUUUCUGA